GAUUCGGUUUCGGCAUAGUGACAUACCUCGGUCAACCAUGCUCAGUUACCUGGCACUUCUCUGCGUGUUUACCAACCUGGUGGUCGCAGUCCCCACUGGGGAGCUUCCCGACAUCAAUGAUGACCUACCCGACAUCACCGACGGCGAACCAUUACCUACACCAACCGGUAUUCGAAACUUCAUCGGAGUGGGGUAUAACAUCAUCGAUGGGAACCCUGAAGGGGGUGAUAUCUACCUAGGAGGGGUAGACCCAGGGUUACUGGUUACCAGACCCAUCCUCAAACUCACCUAUGAGGAGAACCAACUCACAUCGGAUCGGGAAUAUAUCGUGCCAGAUCAGGUUUUAUUUUCACCUCGGUCUAGCUGUGUAACUACCGAGACUCAACAAACCUUCUACGGUACAGAGACAUACGUGGAGAAAAUAUCAGUAGACAUGAAAGAAUCAGGUCGAGUUAAGACAAUCUUCAGCAAGCACAAGUUCUCCAAAAGCUCACGCUAUGAGGAGAUCAAUCGUGGAGUCGAGAAAAACCGUUACGUGUAUUACGAAGAUCGUACAGUGUGCAACAUGGGACAAGCACGUUAUCGUAGUGAGCUCGCCAUGUACGAGCAAUAUCCUCUCGAUACUGGGUUCGUCUAUUCGGCUUGUCAUCUGCCACUUACAUACGACGAGGAAACCUACAUGCAGUUCAUUGAUGACUGGGGAACGCAUGUAGUAACAAAGGUAGACCUUGGAUCAAAGUCAACUGUACGUUUUGCUGAGAGUCGAGAGGACUUCGUCCAUUUUGCCCGAACUGAGGUAGAGGGCAGUGUGACGUUUCGCACUAAGAUCAUCACGGGUUACCGUGGAGCUCUGAAGGUCGAUACUGAUGUCUUUGAGACUGGUCUGUCAACGGGACAGAAGUUUGGAAGCCAUCUUUCAAACUUCACGAGUGGGGGUGAUGAACUACCAGAACCGAUUGCUGUCGAACUGAUUGGAAUGCAUGAGGUCUUCGAUAAAGACUUCUGGCAGCAAUACUCAGACUACAUCAAGCGGAGACUCUGUACAGUGGACUGGAUGUCUAAUAAAGAUACUAUCCAACUGAACAUGGAGAUGGCAAUGAAUAACUACGCAGAUUGGAGGGGAGCAGAAGAAACAGUUGAUCCCGAGAUUGUAAUCCCAAUCGCCUGGCCGAAGGGGACCUACACUUUACCGAAACCAAUCUACGGGUGCCCCAAUACCCAUUUCACCUGGGCCGAGGGAUGGCGCUUCCAUGAUACAGAAGAUGUUGCCCCUGGUAACUACUGGAGCGAUCCUCUACAUCUGUCUGGAAACUUUAAGAAGAAUGACAUGGAUCGCUGGUUCUGCUCAAAGACCGUCGAGGAGCAGGACAUCUUCAACUGGUCCUUCCAAUCUGGCCAGUACUGCGUGGCUAAGAAGGGGUCACUCUGUCCCAAAGGGUUGUCUGAGGGUUAUGUGUUCUGGGAUGACGAAGAUACGGGCAACGAUAACGCCUUCGCUGGUGAUCUACCGAGCGGUCAGUUUGAUCACAAUACUCGCAUCGACUACUGCUGUCGUGACGAUGGAUUCGCCAGUAACCCAAUCUAUCUCCCCGUGGAUGAACCCUUCUUUCUCCUCAAAGUCAAUCAUCAGUGUCAAGAGGUUGUGGGCAUGACGUACACGGAGGAGUACUUCCGGUGGGACACCAAUGACCAGGGCAAUGAUGAUCUCGUCUUCGGAACUCACCCUUAUCCCGGAGACACCGACAAUAACAUCCUCCUCGAUUUCUGCUACUAUGAGCCACUCCAAGAUGACGACGUGUGAGGUCAAAGGUCACACGAAACCAGCGCAAUGAGAGAAAUAGUUUCGAUGGUUUAGAUUAAACAAAAUGAUCUAAGGUCACUAAAGGAAAUAAAUGGAUAAUGAUUUGAUGAAUAAAAUACUUUUGAA